CCCUGGUGCCACCCACUAAUGCAUUUCACCCACUCAACUGUAUUCUAGAAUAAUCCUAGUGCACUCUAGUCGGACUGUACUGGAUCUGGAGAUCUACUCCACUGAAACGCCUGCAGACCGUGGUGCAGACGUUCUUAAUCUAUGGUGCUGACAGCAUAGUGUGUGGACCGGCAGUGCUGCUCAACAAGGCUUGAAGGAUUACUGAAGGCGCAGCUGCUGAACAAUGGCUGCACAAAUAUUCAACACUCUUGGCAAGCUUGGCAUUGGCCUAGCAGUUGUGGGAGGCGUGGCCAACAGUGCUUUGUACAAUGUGGAUGGUGGCCACCGGGCAGUGAUCUUCGAUCGCUUCACAGGCGUCAAAAACUAUGUGGUUGGUGAAGGCACACAUUUCCUCAUCCCCUGGGUCCAGCGGCCGAUCAUUUACGAUGUGCGUUCACGGCCACGCAAUGUACCUGUUGUAACUGGCAGCAAAGACUUACAGAAUGUGAACAUCACACUACGGAUCCUGUUCCGUCCCGUGCAAGAGCAGCUGCCUCGCAUGUACACAACCUUGGGCGUGGACUAUGAUGAGCGUGUGCUCCCCUCCAUCACCAAUGAGGUGCUCAAGGCAGUCGUGGCCCAGUUUGAUGCCAGUGAAAUGAUCACCCAGCGAGAGGUGGUCUCCCAGAAGGUGUGUGAUGAGCUGACAGAGCGGGCCUCUCAGUUUGGCGUCAUCCUGGACGACAUCUCAAUUACGCACCUGACCUUUGGCAAGGAGUUCACACAGGCCGUCGAGAUGAAGCAGGUGGCCCAGCAGGAGGCUGAGCGAGCUCGCUUCCUGGUUGAGAAGGCCGAGCAGCACAAGAAGGCAGCUGUCAUCACGGCAGAGGGUGACUCGCAGGCUGCAGCUCUGCUUGCCAAGGCUUUUGGCGAGGCCGGUGAUGCGCUGGUGGAACUUCGUCGGCUUGAAGCAGCCGAAGACAUCUCAUAUCAGCUCUCACGCUCGCGUAAUGUAGUCUAUCUUCCUGCGGGACAGAGCACACUGCUGAGCCUGCCACAAUAGUGCUACAAAUUAAGCAAAGCUAGAUUAAGAGGGUGUUGUGGAAUCCAGCAGCCUACAGAGAAAACCUGUGGUAGGGUGCCAAAAAUGGGGAGCAUGACGAUUGACAGUGCAAUUACAUCAAUGUCAUGUAAAUUACUUGUGCUGUGCUUUAUACAAAUGAUGCCUUGUGGCUAAUUAAAGGGGUAUAAAUACUUUUCUGUGCUUCAUUUAUAUGCUGCUGAAAAUAUAAAUCCAUAUUUCCCUACACUACAUUUCGUGGGCUCAGCACACAUUCAAGUUGAGAAACAUGGGUUGAGCAAAGCUAAGCUGGUAUUCAGAAAUAAGCUCUAAUGCUAGAACUUUCUGAAUGUCAGACAUAUGAUUAGCGAAGGCCAAUGGAAACCAGCACUUAUGAACAAAAAGCUUUCUGAAAUCGAUCCUUCAUUUGUACUUUCUAUGCUCCCGAUAACAUAAUCAUCCUGAGCAAGAUGCUGGUGAUUUUUGUAGCAAAACCGCUGCAUUGUACAAUAAAACUUUUUUUAAGCUA